AUGGAUGCACGCUUCAUAUGCGAAAGUUACAAUCAUGUGGAGCCGCCUUCUUUUCUGUUGCCCCCACUUCCUGGAAAUGAUAGGCAGUUGUGCGAUGCCUACGAUCGCUUCGUAUUGGUGCAUGGAGAACUGCCAGACGAGGAAUAUCCACAUGAUACUUCGGAUGGGUGGGAGAAGUUGUAUCGGUCAAAAUAUCCGACCGGAAGUGAAGACUAUAAAAGUCUCGCUAGAAUCACCGAUGCCUGCAAUCGUCUUAGAGGAAAGCCGGGAGGCGUGCAGGUUCGUCAAUCAUUCAAUCAAUUCAGCAGAAACCGAACCACACAAGCACGACCGAACAUGAUCAGCGUUCAGGCACUUCAUAGAAGCACGAUCUAUGUUGAAGUGUGUUCACUAGAUGACUAUCAGACAGCCUGGAUCAAUGUCAAAAACGAAGCGUCCUCCAUUCCCCCUGAUUCUGCUUCAUGGACAGUAUUCGUGCAAGAAAACUAUCCGGAACUCGGAGGUUGGAAAGAUGCACCCCUAGACGUGCAGUACGUGUGUGAAAGUCAUAUAUAUAAACGAGGAAGUCCGGAGCGAUGGCCGCCAUUUCCUGAUAAGGGGAAAGAACUUUGUGAAGCCUAUGAUUCUUAUGUUAAACGUUAUGGAAGUAUAUCAACAGUAGAGGACGAUAUUUUUGAGUCGGACGGCUGGUGGAAAACCCUUCAAGAAAAUUAUCCGAUGUAUAGAGGCAACCAUCUGUUCGAAGAGGGAGGGUUUACUGCUUGGGUUUGUAGGAACGAAAAACUGCAAGGCAAUGAGAUCAUUGGAGAACUCUGCACAGAUUUUGAAGAAUAUUUCAGUGGUCGAAGACAGCUGGCGACUGCAGAAACUUCGACUGCAGUAAACAGAACUGAGGCAACUGAAUCAAGUGACGACAAUAAAACAAUGCUGAUGAGAAUCUGCGAGGAUUACUACGACUACUUUGGUGACGGCGGUUUGACUACACACGAAACAACAACACAGGGGACUGAGGUGACCACUCCUCAAAUGGGGCAGACGACUCCAGGUGACGACAAUAAAACAAUGCUGAUGAGAAUCUGCGAGGAUUACUACGGUGAGCUGUUACUGCAACGUUUUAGUCCCAAGGCUGCAUCAUUGUCAGCACCACUCACUAAACUAUUAUCCGGAAAACCAAAGACGUUUCAUUUGACCGACUCCGCUAUUUCUGCUUUUGAGCAAUUGCAACCCAACUCUGUAUCGUCACUUAAUGUGGACGCCUUCAACGACUCUGUGGUGCUGUUUUUACAGCAAACCAUUAACAAUACCCAUCAACCCCCCCAUUUUUCUCUCAUAAACUGUCGCCAACCGGGUCCCGUUACAGCACGUUUGGUCGUGAACUGCUCGCUAUUUACCUAUCCAUCCAUCCGUCACUUCCGACACUUACUGGAAGGUCGCGAAUUUCAUGUUUAUACGGAUCACAAGCCACUGACUUCAGCACUAAAAGCAGCACCAGACAAAUACUCUCCUCGUGAAAUUCGACAUUUAGAUUACAUUUCGCAGUUCACCAGCGACAUUCGACACGUUUCGUGUCGUGAUAACAUAGUUGCUGAUACCUUGUCAAGGCCGGCAGUAGAUUCGCCACACCGAACGCCCGGCAUCGACCUCAAUCGCAAGCGCCAUCUUGCACUCAUGGUCCGUUUAGUGUGCUGCAAUGAGCAAGAAGUCU